AUGUCCUUCUUUUCAAGUGGUGGGCUUUGGAAAGCAAACACAAGCAUCAUGUUUUACGGUUCUUCCUCUGGGGCCAGUAUGUCCCUGCCAUCCAAGAGCCGUCUGAAACGCCAGAGCAGGACCUUCACACAGGUUUUGUACCGCACCCUGAGCUACAGAGACCGUGUCCCAGCAGAAACUGGCACAAACACCCACGGGGGCCGACGUUCAACGACUGAGCCCCCAGAGCGGCCGGCAGACGACCCAGCUGAACUCUCCACGCAGAGCUCGGCCCCCGGGGUGCUGAAGAUCUUUGGAGACGAAAUCUGUGCUGGUGCCAACUACAAGAGCGUCCUGGCCACGCCGCACUCCAGUGCUCAGGAACUUGUGAAAGAGGCACUUGAGCGUUACUCACUCAACAAGGAUGCGGCCCGCUGUUACGUCCUGUGCGAUGUGAUCGGACGUUUGGAGGGGGGAGGAGGGAUUGGUGGGGUAGGGUGGAGGACUGAGUGUUUGCGAGCGCUAGGGGACAACGAGAAGCCGCUGUUGCUCCAGGAGCUGUGGAAACCACGAGAAGGACACGCUCGGAGGUUUGAGCUGCGCAGGAGAGCGGAGGUUGAAGAGCUAAACGCCAAGGAGAAGGAUACCAUCACUGCUGUGCAUGUAUGUCUGGUGGUGUGCGACUGGAUUGUGUGUUUGGGGAUGAUUCUGUGUUUGGGUACGGGGUUGUUUUCCCGGAACCCCUUCCCUCCUAACCCCUCCCACCCUGCUGUAGGGCCCAGAACUUCCCAAUUCCUGGCGGCUCUAAUGGGUCGGUCUGGGCUGGGCAAACACAGGAGUUCUCCCCUGCGGUCUGGUCGCGUGGUACAGUCCAGCUCUAAAGAUAUUAAUGCCCAGGCUCGUAAGCUCCAGAGGAACAGGGCAAAGGGGACGCUGACCCUGCCCCGCUCCAGUAACUCAUCCUUCUGCCGCAGCCUCAGCGAAACCAGCCUCAACCAGGUGCGGCAUCCUGCUGACGCCCAGCCAACACGAUUGGCUCUUGGAGUGGGAGACGAGCCCAAGCGUUAUUACUCCACCUUACCGGGACCAUUAAGGUGCAGAGAACGUGAUGGGGCCUCCAGUGGCAGGAGGAAGGAGGAGGGGAAUCAGGGAGGUGGAGUGAGGCACUCUUUGUACCAGUCCCCUCACCUCUUGCUUCUGCAGGGCUACAAUCGGCAGGACUGUCUGGUGUACCUGCUGAACAGAGAGCAGCACACAGUCGGUCAGGAGACUCCCUCAGCUCGCCCCAACAUCUGCCUUUUUUCUCCCGACAUCCUGCCCCUCCACUGCCAUUUGCGUCGAGUCCCCGCACCCCGUCGCCAUGCCAACAACAACAACAAGGGUGAAGACCACGCAGAGAGUCAGCGGUUCUGUGUGGCUGUAGAGCCUGUGCUCAAUGCCACAGUUCUGGUGAACUUUUCCCGCUGCGAGAGAUCCACCACGCUGAGACAUGGUGACCUUCUCUCCUUUGGAGCUCAUUACAUUUUUCUCUACAAGGACCCCACAGGUGCCAAGCCCCUGCCUGCUCAGACCUUGGCGCGCCUACGCUCAUUAGGGCAGCUUUAUGACACAGGUUUGGAGGACGGAGAGGGUGGAGCUCAGACUUGUAAGAUGUGCGGCUCUGUGCUGAAGGACAGGGCAGCACAGGUGUCCAGUGUCCCAGCAGUUAGACGCAGCCUCAAACCUCACAUGGUGAAAGCCCGCAGUGUUGGGACAUCGUCAGGAGGGCCACCACACUUGCCAGGAGGUGAAGGAGGAGGAAUGGGAGGUGGGAGUCAAAAAAGAAGGCUACAGCUGGAGUUUGACCAGACUCAUGAGGACCAGCUGUUGAAUAGAAUUGUCUCUCUCAUUGAACCUGGAGGAGACGAUCAUAAGCUAACACCAGCCUAUCUGCUGUGUCUCUGCAUUCAACACUCGGCCUCAACCUUCCCUCCUGGGAGCUUUGGAAAACUGCUGCUCAAGAUUGUUCGACGAAUCCAAACCAUCGCAUGGGAGAAGACAAAGGAGCUGGCUCAAAAGCAAGCUCAGCAUCAGGAUCCAGCCUCGCUUUCUCUGCUUAGCAUCUCAGACUUGAUCCCAGACCUGCAGACCAUCUUCUUCUGGAUGUCCAACUCCAUCGAGAUCCUUUACUUUAUUCAGCAAAGAGCACCAGCCUAUACACACAGCAUAGAGACGCUGCAAGGUUCAAAGGAAUCGUUGCUAUCAGCAACCAUAUCAGCCAAUGAGGAAGCUAUGACUAUCUUAGAAGAAGUGAUCAUGUACACUUUCCAGCAGUGUGUCUACUAUGUCACCAAGGCUCUUUAUGUGGUGUUGCCAGGUUUGUUAGACUGUAAUCCAUUCCCAGCAGACAACUCAGAGCCCUGCUGGAAAGGGGUUGGGUUUCCUGAACCUGUGCGCAGGGUCCUGCAGGUGUUUCAGAGUGCGCAGGAGCUUUUGCAAGGCUAUCAAGUUCAUCCGGAGAUCCAGGCUCAGAUGUUUGCUUACCUCUUCUUCUUUUCCAAUGUGUCACUGUUUAACCAGCUAAUGGACAAAGGUCCCUCUCGCGGUUGGUUCCAGCGUUCCAAGGCGCUGCAGAUUCAGGCCUGUUUGCGGAUGCUCAUGGAAUGGGCAAGCAGGUCUGGUCUGGGUCAUCUGUCUGAAAAAUUCUUCACCAAACUCAACAGCACUGUGUCCAUAGUGGCCACUCCUCCACAGCAGCUCACACAGCUGAGUUGGCGGGCAUUGUCCAGUGAGCACCCAACUCUGAAACCAGUCCAGCUCCACAGGAUUCUCACUCAGUACCAGCUCACAGCAGAGAUAGGCCCUGUCCCAACAUGGCAGCCCAGCAGUGAGGACGAGGCCUAUAUAUACAGAACAGUUGACCUCCUGGAGAGCUUUGAGAACCACCCUCCAAUUGUGCUGCCCAGCUCUGGCUUCAGGGUGGAUUUGGACCGUGAGAGUGUCGAGGACAGCAUCUACAGACAGCUUCUGUACAUCCGGCACUACCUGUGGGGCCUACGCACCAAGACGCAAACUCACACCAACACUUCUGGUGUGCUAACUCAAUCAAAUGGAACCAACACAGCGGAGUGGCCGGACAUUCAGAGGGAGCUUUUAGCUCCAGCUCACAACAGUCCUCGUUCUGGGGGUGCCGGGGACGAGAUGAAGUCAGAGGAGAAAGGACGGGACAGACCCUCGGGCCAAUCACACACACACAGUCUCAGAAGGAAUGGCACCACUCACCAUCCUCGAAGUGCAAAUACAGACCCAUCCUGCCUCUUGACCCCACCCAACACUCCACUGUACCCAGACGGCGGAGGAAGUGGAGGAAUAGGGCCUGGGCCAGCCAUCGGUACCAGUGUUCAGACCAACGGCUGCUCCAGCAGAACCGUGGCAGAAUGUAAAAAGACCAAUGGACUCAUCACCAAUGGACUUGAGGGGUGUAUUAGUGGAUGUGAGUUUCCUUUUCCUGUCUCCUCCCCUGGCGCCCCUUCCCUUCCUGAUGACUUGUGUGUGGUGUUUGUAGUGGAACUGGACAAAGGACCCUUUGGACUGGGCAUGGGACUCAUAGAUGGCCUGCACACACCUCUCAAUGCCCCAGGCAUUUACAUCCGGACUCUGAUCCCUGAUGGGCCGGCUGCAUCCGAUGGCAGACUGAGGAUCGGGGACCGUAUCCUGGCUGUGAAUGGGACCAGUCUGAUUGGAGCAGACUACCAGAGUGCAGUGGAUCUGAUUCGUCUUGGAGGGGGUCGUCUGCGUUUUCUGGUAGCCAAGUCAGACCCUGAGGUCUCGGAGAAGAUCAGUGCCUCCUCCUGCUGAGAACACCUUUAUUCCCCAGUUAAGACUUGCACAAAAGACCACAGAACUGAGGAG